AUGCCGUCCAGCAACGGCAAGACCGCCUUCUUCACGAUGGAGGACGCCAAGGCGUCCUUCAAUCUCUUUUGCUGCGUGUGCGGCAUCGGUUCGCUGGCCAUGCCUUCCAACUACGCGCGCGCCGGCCCCCUGUUCGCGUCCAUCGCGCUGGCCUUCAUGAUCUUCGCCAACACGUACGCCACGCUCAAGUUGUCCAAGGUGAUGCUGGUGGCGCCGUCGUCCGUCAAGACGUACGGUGACCUGGGCGAGUGGGCCCUGGGCAAGUGGGGCCGCUUCUUCACGGUGGUGUCUCAGAUGGGCGUGUGUCUGCUGGUGCCCUGCGCCUUCCUGGUGCUCGGCAGCACGCUGCUCGAUGUGCUGUUCCCGGACUCGUUCAGCCAGAUCUUCUGGAUCAUCUUCAUGGCGCUCAUGGUCGUCCCCGUGUGCCUCAUCCCGACGCUCAAGGAGAGUGCCGGCAUGGCCUUCGCCGGCUGCAUGGGCACGGUCAUCGCCGACAUCAUUGCCGUGUCGGUGCUGCAGUGGAACAUGCGCGACCACGGCUCGAUCCCGUCGCCCGACGUGACGCUACACCAGGUGCUGACGUGCUUCGGUAACCUCGCGCUGGCGUACGGCGCUGCCAUCGUGGUGCCCGACCUGCAGCGCGAGCACUCGCAGCCGCAGCGCAUGCCGCGCGUGGUCGUGAUCACCAUCCUGUUCAUCUCGGCCUUCUUCGUGGCCGUCGCCCUGGCUGGUUACACUGCCGGCGGCUGCCAGCUGUCGGGCAACAUUCUGUACUCGAUCGUGAGCACGUCGGACCCGCUCGGCCUGGCGCCUCUGGGCUUCACCGCCGACCGCGGCGCCGUGGUGAUGUCGUACCUGUUCAUGCAGGUGCACAUUUCGAUCGCCUUCUCGACGCUCAUGAUGCCUCCGUUCUUCAUGGCCGAGCGCCUGAUCCUGGGCAUGCACAAGGGCCCCGAGAUCGUUCGCUUCAACGGCGAGGUGGACCAGGCGAACGUGGACAUGGACCUGGAGAUCCAGGAGAAGCGCUCGUACAUCCAGAGUUCCACGCCCAUGGACGCGGCCAACCGCCAGGUGUCAGCUUCCAGCCUCGUGGAGAAGACGGAGGGCCGUAUGUCGCACCUGCGCGUGGCGCUCGAGUUCGGCGAGGAGAUCACGGAGGAGCAGCUCCACGCGCCGUACAAGAACAACCCGCUGCGCUACAUCGCUCUGCGCAUCUGCAUCAUUGUGGUUCUGGUGAUCAUCGCUGUGCUGGCGCGCAAGCGCUUCCUGGACCUGGAGGACUUCACGGGUGCCACCGCCCACACGACGAGCUGCCUGCUCAUGCCGCUGAUCAUCUACCUGCGCGUGUUCUGGAAGAGCAUGUCGUUUGUGGACAAGGGCGCGUCGAUGCUGGUGAUCGUGGUGUGCGCCGUCACGGGCUGCUACGUCAUGAUCCACGCCGGCAAGGAGCUCUUCACGCCCUCGGACGACGACACGCUGUUCCCGUACUGCGAGACCGAGUUCCAGGACGAGCCGUACUACAUCCGCAACAACAGCACCAACUAA